UUAUAUUAAUACCGGUUGCCACUUACCAUGUUUACAAUUGAUUUGUUUCUCGCAAAAAAAUAAACUUUUGUUUGUUCAAUAUUAGCGAUGGACGAUACAGCUAUCGAUAGUAUCGAUUGCUGACAAAUUUUUGCCGAGAACCAAUUGGUUCACCAGCACCCCACCAACCAGUUCCAUAAGUUCAAUAUAUCACAUAUCGAUAUCAAAGUUUGAAAUUAAUUUCAAAAUGAUUUGGACUAAAUUUUUAAUUAUAUAGAUCUACAAAUAUAUCCCUUGUGCCCAAGGGGAUAUUCCCUUGGCACCAAAUGAACGUCCUACUGACUUUUAAUGUUUUAUAUCUAUUGGAAAAUAUAUACUGCACCAUUGACCCACAUAGCGCCGUUUCUACUGGAAACGCGUCAUGGAGACCACCCAAAUCAUUUGUUAAAAAAAGAAACUAGGUGAAAAAUCUGUAUACAAACAGUUUAUUAGAGAUAAUCACUGUAGCAAAAUGUUACUAGAUGCUCCAGAAAGACCCCCUCGAUCUCUACGGUACGUGGAGGAUGCUUUCGAUCAGAUCAGUAAAAGGAGAAACAUUCGGGACAUAGUAAUUCUCAACGAUCUGGGGCAUCCGGUAAAGAGUACUAUGGGUCACGAUGACUCCGUUCAGUUUGCUGGACUUUUCCAGGCGAUUCGCGCACGACUGGAGCGAGGGAUGAAGAUAAUUGAUCCCACAGAUGAACUUUUAAUGCUAAGAGUACGUACAAAAACCAACGAUGUGCUGCUAACGCCAGACUCCAAAAUCACAGUUAUUGUCGUACAAAACGCCCAGAAUGAUUUCCAAAGAUAAUUGAUUCUAAAAUAAAAUUUAAUUGUACCUGACACUAUAAAAUCUGUUAGA